CUACUGAUGAGCACCAAUAACUUGAGCCAAGUUCACGGCACUCCGUGGAUAGCCCAGACAGAUUUUAAUUUAAGAUCAAGCUGUUCUUGGAAGUACGAACCAAAACCAGCCGUGUGGGAAGUGUGUUGAGAUAAAAGCAUGAGCUGCUUUGCCACGCUGAAAUCAUCUGGAUGGGUUUAUCCCACCACCGUCCUGUCACUCUAUGGCUUUUUUGCCAACUGCAGAGUAGCAGAGCCCUUCUUGACACCAUACUUAAUUGGACCGAACAAGAACAUCUCUGGAGAUGUGGUUACAAAUUACCUUUUUCCUAUCUGGACAUAUUCCUACCUGGCCUUCCUAUUCCCUGUUUUCCUCUUGACUGACUUCCUCAGAUACAAACCUAUUAUUGUGGUACAGGGGCUUUUUCUUGUCACCAAUUAUAUCCUACUCUGCUUUGCCCCAGGUCUCCCUGCAAUGACUUUCCUCCAGGUCAACUAUGCAGUUGUGACCUCCACAGAGGUGGCCUAUUUCUCAUAUAUUUACAGCGUGAUUCCAAUUGAAAACUACCAAAGAGCUACUGGUUACCUGCGCAGCGCCAUGCUGGCUGGAUACACAUUUGGUGCCAGCCUGGGCCAGAUACUUGUUUCUCUUGCAGGACUGGACUACUUCUACAUCAAUACUAUAACCCUGGGGAUUGUGAGCAUAGCUUUUCUCAUCUCUUUCUGGUUGCCUGUGCCCAAAAGAAGUAUGUUCUUCAAAAGAGAAAAGGCUUUGGGCGUGGAGGCCCAGAAGGGGGGAGCACACAAAGACAACAGCUCAGAGGAGUCAGUGAUGGAUAAGGAUGAAGCAGCCCCAGAGGAGGACAAGAUGGAGCGUGAUGACAGUGUCGGCUGCUGCAGCAGGAAAAACUUGGCCUCUGCUGUCCGUCUGCUUUGGAAGAGCUUUAAAGAGUCCUACUCUUCCAGGCAUUUAAUCUACUGGUCCUUGUGGUGGGCUCUGGCAACAGCCGGCUACGUGCAGGUCUUUAACUACGUCCAGCUCAUGUGGGACCACAUAGAGCCAUCGGCCACAUCAUCGAUCUACAAUGGAGGAGUCGAGGCUGCAUGCUCUGUUGUCGGUGCUGCAGCAGCCUUCUCAGUGGGCUACAUUAAUGUGGCCUGGGCUGUGUGGGGAGAGCUGGCUUUAGGGCUGUUCUCGGCUGUCGGGGCAGGUGCUGUGUUUCUGAUGGCUUUCACCAGCAAUAUCUGGGCAUGCUAUGCUGCAUAUGUGAUAUUCAAAUCGUGCUACAUGUUUCUCAUCACCAUCACAACAUUUCAGAUUGCUUCUAACCUUUCCAUGGAGUGCUAUGCUCUGAUGUUUGGGAUCAAUACUUUUGUAGCCCUCUCACUGCAGACCAUCAUUACAGCCACCGUUGUUGAUGAAACCGCUCUGGGGCUGGACAUUGUGACACAGUUCAUCGUUUACGGCAGCUACUAUGCUGUCAUCUCCCUGCUCUUCCUGGUACGAGGGCUCUACACUGCCUGUGUGAACCAGAACAGUCCUGAAGUGGAUCCCGGCGUGGAGGUGAUCUGUGCUGAACGUCUCUGAGCAGUGGCUAUAAAACAAUCCCACAUAGACUGCAUUACUGGCCUGUACUUGCUGACUGACCUCAAGACCUUGUGUUUUCUAUAAGAGAAUAAUAAAAUCUAACUGUAUCUGAUAUUAAUUACAGAUAAAGUC